GGUUCGGACGACCGGGUGAGGUCGGUUGGCAUUUGGCAGUUAAAAACCUCACUCUCCCUCCUUUGCGCUCUCUUUACAAACUAGUAAGCAAAGCAAAGGGCUUUAAGCGAUCUCGCGGACUCCUCUCUCUCUCUCUUCCCGAUACUACCAAAACAGGAGAAAACGCAAAUUCAACGUCCGUGCGCAUCAUUUCUGUCGGUUUAAGCCGAAAUUCCAUUUCGUUGCCGAGAAAAGGUUUGACAAAGAUGGAUACAGAGGAAUGGAUGGGAGAGUGUAUUAAGAAACUCCAAUUUGAAGAUCAGGAGAAGUUAGAGCUGACUUAUGGUGUCGAAAUUGAAGCAGAUGCCGUGUUUCUUGCUUGUCGCAUCAUCAUGCAAUACCCUGAUGUUUUUCAGUUUGAUAGUAGAGGAGUUGGUGACACCCAGAAGGAAAUUUUGCAAAUUAAGGUGGUUGAGCUUUUAGAGGAAGCUUGUGUAAAAAUGAGGGAUAAAUUUGAGUACUCUAGACAAGAAGAGGAUGAUCUAGAUGUGUUUGAGUACCUGUUGCAUCGAACACUUGUUGAGUUAAAUGAAAUCAAGAAAGAGAGAGAUCCAUCCAUCCAAAAAUGGAGUGAUCGUGUGACAAGGGAACAUGAAGAAUUGAAGGGUACAUGGAACCAGUUGGAGAUGAAGUGGAUGCAGUUACAAACUUCACGGCAGAGAUAUGACAUCAGAGCUCGAGAGGCUCUUUUGUUGGAAAGGAUGCACGAAAGGUUGGUGUUCUAUAUAAAUGAGGCAAGAUUAAAGAAGGUGAACAAUUUCUCUGGGAUGUUGCAAUGGAUUGAUGACCAUGUGACUGAGCUUUUAUAUACAACUCGAAAAGAUUUUAGGCAUGAGCUAACCGUUAGCUCGCAUGUUAUUGCGAAGGCAGUGAGCCCCUUGAUUGAUGCUCCACCACCUUGGUUGCUUUCUGAAUCACCACUGCUUCAGAACCUUGAACAAAGAAUUGCUAAGAGGGUAAUUGGACAGGAACACGUCCUAUAUGCAGUUACUGCUGCUCUGUCAAGGCAGAGGCCUCAGCGACGCCCUAUUGGAUCCUUCCUCUUCAUGUGUGGCUCCGGUCAUGGGAGGACAGAAAUUGCCAAAGCUUUGGCAGAACUACUUUUUGGAGACAAAGACAUGAUAACAGAGUUCGAUCUGGCAAAACACACAGGUCCAAAUUCUCUCUCGCGCCUAAUUGGUGUCCUCUCAAGUCACAUGGGGCCAGGCAUGAAGGGGGAGCUCUCAGAGGCUGUUAAGAAGAGGCCUUUAGGUGUCAUUUUGUUUGACAAUGUUGACAAAGCUCAUGUGUCUGUUAUUGACAUUCUGGCUGAGAUUAUAGGUUCUGGUUAUCUAUUAGAUGGUCAGGGGAACACUGUUGACUUCACUAAAACAUUGGUAAUCAUGACAACAAAUGUUGGAUGUGAUAAAUUCUGGCCAUGGCAUUGCAAAUGUGCAGACGAAGUUCAAAAGUUCCCUGUCAAAGAAGGGUUAUAUGAUGAUGCAUGGGAAACAAAACACAAUUACUGUUAUCUUUCUCUUCUGAGGGAGACAAAACAGCAUUUCAGACCUCAAUUUCUUGAAAAUGUGGAUGAUGUGAUUGCAUUUAGGUCUCUGUCCUUUCAGCAGUUGAAGGCGGUUGCUAGGCUCCAGCUAAGGGACAUUGCCAGCUGCAUGACACAGAAGGGCCUCAUCAUUUACCCAUCUGAAGCUGCAUUAGAUAUUAUUGUGCAGAGGUCAACUUGGCUUGGAGAUAGAAUUAAUGGUGGGGAGAAAAUAAGGAUGUGGCUUGAAGAGAACUUGGUCCCUGUGCUGUUCGAGAAACUUGCAAAGAACGGGAUAAAUGAUUUUUCUAUUUUAUAUAUUGAAGCCUCAGUGGAGACAAACCAUUUGUCUUUCAGUUGGGCAAAUUGCAGACAUUCACUUGAAGAACAAGAUGUUAAUCAAUUAGCAUCUUUAAGGGAAUUGAGAUUGAUGUACCGUAAAGAGAAAGAACGGGCAAAGAAUGUCUACAUUCUAAGAAAAAUUCACAACAAAUUAAUCACUAGUGCUAAUGCUGAAUUGGGUCAUGCUAUUGCUGUUGUUCAAGAGCUAAUGGUGGCAGUGGCUGCCUUGAACGAGGAUGAGCUUAGGCAGAACAAGAGGGCUAAAAAGUGAACUGAGGGUUGAGUUGCUAAAAGAUUUGCCGGCGAGGCGAAUCACAAAACUUUUGUUCUGAGUAAGCUAAUCAUAUGAAGAAGCCCCAAACUAUGAUAUUUGAAGCUUAUUGGAAUGCCAUUAGCUAACUUACCUUUUUGGGUGUGGCAUUGACUCUUUCAAUCUCAACACGAGUCUUCGCUGCAUCCCAUUCCUCAGAGGGACUUAGCAAAGACAGGAUGAGCUGAGAGGAUUCUUGAGCUUUACUUCGCCAAGCUGACUGAAGUCCCAAGUAGAUGUAAAUUGUCAUGGGCAUCAUACUAACCAAACAAAAAGUUUUUUUUUUGUCACCAACUGUUACAGCAAAGGAUUUACUUGGAAUUUCUUAACUUUGUUUUAUGAGAACAUAGGUUUUUAGUUACGUUGUAAAAGUCUCAGCAGAAUUCAUUUCAGGCGACGAUGGAAUGCAUGUGUAUAGGCAGCUGCUAAGCACUUUUGUUCCAUCCGCCACUCAUCAUAAUCUGAUUCUGAUCAAAGCCUUAUGCUAAGUUGUUAGGAUGUUAAGAUGUCAGCUGCACAGAAUUACUCGAUAUAAAGUGACCAAAGCAACUUCAGUAA